CCUCCCGGCGGUGAAUGCCCGCUCCCGGCUCUCCCCGCGCUGCUUCCAGCCCGCCGCGGUUCGCCGGGCCCCGCCGCCAUGGCCUUCACGUUCGCCGCUUUCUGCUAUAUGCUGGCGCUGCUGCUCACCGCCGCGCUCAUCUUCUUCGCCAUCUGGCAUAUUAUAGCAUUUGAUGAAUUGAAGACUGAUUACAAGAAUCCCAUAGACCAAUGUAAUACACUCAAUCCUCUUGUACUUCCAGAAUACCUCAUCCAUGCAUUCUUCUGUGUUAUGUUUCUCUGUGCAGCAGAGUGGCUUACGCUGGGUCUCAAUAUGCCUUUGCUGGCUUAUCAUAUUUGGAGAUACAUGAGUAGACCUGUGAUGAGUGGCCCUGGUCUGUAUGAUCCUACAACCAUCAUGAAUGCAGAUAUAUUAGCCUAUUGCCAGAAAGAAGGAUGGUGCAAAUUAGCAUUCUACCUUCUAUCAUUUUUUUACUACUUAUAUGGCAUGAUUUAUGUUCUGGUGAGCUCUUAAGAAGGCAUUCAGCAAGCUUCCUUCCAGCUAAGUGCAUGCAAAAGCCACAAAACAUGGAUUCUUUACAACGAGAACCUCUUACCAAGAUUAAACACGGAAACUGGUGAUCGCAUUUGUGUUAGAAAACAAUGACCCCUCUUUUUAAAACAUUUCCACAUUUUAUACUUGUGGAAAGACUGUUUUCUUAUAUUUUACUGGGACACUGAAAUGAAUGAAUUAUGUGUAAAUUAAUACAAAGGUUACUGGUUUUGAGAAGUUUUGACUUCGCAUUCCACAAGGAAUAGCUCUAAUCUCCACAUAGGUAUUGGUUACUGACUAGCCUUAGCACACUAGGGGGCUCCUUUAGGCUGGGCUUUGUAGUGGCUCAUGUGGACUUGCAUAUCCCACUGUAACUAAAUCAGCUGUAGGUGCUGAGGGCUUGGGAAGGACUGGAAGUGCUGUCUGUGCUUUACCUGUAGGUGACGUUGGUCUUAGGAGAUGAAUUCAUGGACACAGUUGCUAAAGUAAGAGUUUUAUUUUGGUUUAUUUUGGGUUUUGUUUUCUUUCUAUCUUAAUUUUCCUUGUAUAUGCAUGGUUCAGAGAGUUCUGUAUUUUCUCCAAACAUUAACCUUGCUUUCAUCUUGAGUAUCUGUCAUUGUGAUAGAAGUUGAAUUGUCCACAAAGGAAUGAAUUUAAAUGAUGACGGUUGUUUUUGUUAAUGUGUGUGCUGUCUUAUUAACAAAUGGACAAAUCUGCAACAUUUAUUGAGUCCAGUGACGAAAAUACUCGAGUUACUUUUUGAGUAACUUUUCACUGUGGUUAAAACCCAGCCAGUAACUCAGCACCAGGCAGCUGCUCGCUCGCUCUGCCUUUCCCCCUCCCCUAAGCAGGAUGGGGAGGAGAAUCAAAAGAGUGUAACCCCCACGGAUUGAGAUAAGGACAAUCCAAUAACUAAAAUAAAAAACAGUGAUAAAAGCAAGAAUAAUAACAAUAAUAGACAAGAAAUGAAAGCUCAGAAAACACAAGUGAUGCACAAUCUAAUUGCUCAGCCUGACCCAAGCAGUGAUCGGUCCCUUCCGGGUGACUACCCCCAGUUUCUAUACUGGGCAUGACAUGCUGUGGUAUGGAGUACCCCUUUGGCUAGUUUGGGUCAGGUGUCCUGUCUCUGCUCCAUCCUGGAUUCCUGUGCCCCUCCUCAGAGCAAGAGACUGAAAAGUCCUUGAUUGGGGGUAAACAGAAAGCAACAAUUGAAACACCAGUGUGUUGUCAGCAUUGUUCUCAGACUAAAGCCCAAACAUAGCACUGCACCAGCUACUAGGGAGAAAAUUAACUAUAUCCCAGCUGAAACCAGGACACUUGUGAAAUUUCUCUUGAAUAAUACUACAGACCUUUUCAAAGCAGAAAGUGGGAUUGUGAAGCUGCCCUGCUGUUCCUUAGUGCAAUAAAUAAUGAUAAUUACAAAAUUAUUCUCAAAUUCAGAAACACUUAUUUUUACUUGGUGCCUUGGGUUGUUUUUGGACAGAACAGCUACUUGCAAUGUUCACCUCUUAGUUUUAUGAUGGAUAAUUACAUACCUUUUGAAAACAGAACACUGAAUCAAAUUAUGCCUGGAAAAGGGAAGCUCUGCUUUCCUGCUUUUAUUCCUGGGUCUGCAGAUAAAUGGUAGAUGGGGUGGGGGUAAAGAUGUUUCAGAUAAACUGAUAAUACUGCAUUGUAAAUUGUGACUGUGAACAGCCGAAUUUAGGAGUAAUACUUAGGAAUCUGUUUCAUUUACCUGUGCUGGAGAAUAAUGAGUAGGUGCCCAGUUUUAGUAAAAUGUCUUUUUGUUUAA